CUGAGGCGGUCUUCCUGCUGGCCCAGCUCGUUCCCCCUUGACGAUCGAUUUGCCCUCGACAGCAAGACGGGGCUUCAAAGACCCGGCAUUUAUUUGCAUACCGAGUAUUGGGAAGUCUUUGGGGUUCCUGUCUUCGCCGACAUUGGCUUGAGUGUCAAUCUCCAUACUAUCCAUCUCCUGCGUCCUUCAUCAUGGCUCACGUCGUUGAGCUUCCGGGCGAGUCAAACCCAUUGACGCAGCACAAUGUCCUCAGUGCUCUGGUCCUGGCUGCUAGUUCAACGCAGCAGCAGGUCCAGACCGGGACUAAGCAGCUCCAGCAUUGGGAGAAGCAGGAACAGUAUCAUUCCUACCUUCAGGAUGUUUUCCUGGAUCAUUCUGUGCCCGCCGAAGUUCGAUACAUGUCCAUUAUCCAAUUGAAGAACGGCAUCGACAAAUAUUGGCGAAAGACCGCGACAAAUGCCAUUAAGAAGGAGGAAAAGGACCACAUAAAGACCAGGGCUCUCCACGCUGGUCUCGUCGAGCCCGCUCCUCUCUUAGCCCUUCACAAUGCGUUGAUGAUCGCUAAAAUCAUGCGUUACGAAUUUCCUCAUGACUGGCCCGAUGGAAUCUCCUCGCUCAUUACCUUCCUCCGCUCCUCAACCCAGCCCGGCGCCAACCCGAUACAGUUGCCACGAACCCUGGUCAUAAUCCUCCAGAUAAUAAAGGAGCUAUCAACAGCUAAGAUGCUUAGGACGAGGGCAAACCUCCAGUCUGUUGCUCCGGAAAUAUUCCAUCUCCUGGGUGGCAUAUACGUGGAUAAAGUAAAUACGUGGGCUACUUCUUUGGAACAAGGCGGUGCGGACGAGGGAUCGUUGCUAGAAGCGAUAGAGCAAAGUCUUGUCUGUCUCAAGGUCAUUCGGCGUCUGGUUAUUGCUGGAUUCGAGCACCCCAGUCGAGACAAUGAUGUCCGCCAAUUCUGGGUACUGACUCACUCUCAUUUCAGUAGAUUUUUGGGGUUCAUUAAUGGAUCCGUCAGUAUCCCCGAAUCGGUGCACAGGGCAACCGAAAAACACCUGUUGCAGCUUUCCAAACUUCAUGUUGAGAUGGCCAAAGACCGGCCUGCAUCCUUUGCCCUGCUUCCGGACAGCAUUGCUCUUGUGCAAUCUUAUUGGACAUUGGUGGCCAAACUAGGCGAGAACUAUGACCAACUAGGGGCCGGUGGUGAACCGGAAGGAAAGUCGCUGAUGGAAAAGACAGGCCUCAGGGCUUUGCUGUUGAUAAGAGCCUGCUCGAAAAUGGCGUUCAACCCAGCCCAGACCUUCAAGUACCAAACCCCGCAAGACAAAGAGGAGAAAAAGGCUUCUGUCGAGCUCGUCAAAUCGCAACUCUUUACGCACGACUUUGUGGUCAUUGUUAUGGAACUGCUUGUCACGCAAUUCUUCCGGUUUAGGAAAAACGACUUUCAAGAAUGGGAGGAAGACCCCGAGGAAUGGGAGAGAAAAGAGGAGGAUAUCUCUGACGCCUGGGAGUUCUCUAUCCGAUCGUGUUCCGAAAAGCUCUUCCUCGACCUGGUGAUCCAUUUCAAGGAUCUGCUCAUUCCCCGACUUCUAAGUGUGUUUUACUCAUUUGCAAGCCUUGAAAAGCGCGAUGUAUUGUUGAAGGAUUCUUUAUACUCAGCCAUUGGAUUGGCCGCCGCAAGUUUGGAACAGCACUUAGACUUCAAUGAUUUCUUGCAGACGACGCUCGUUCCGGAAGUCCAGCUGCAGGAGCAGGGCUAUAACGUCCUUCGGAGAAGAAUCGCAAUCUUGCUGGGCCAAUGGGUUCCUGUCAAACCGAGCGAACUGAACAAAGAUGCGAUUUACCAGAUCUUCCAGCAUUUGCUCAACAAGGAAGACCCGCUAAAUGAUCUAGUUGUUCGGAUCACUGCUGGUCGACAGCUCAAAAGCGUGCUUGAUCCUUUCGAGUUCUCCCCUGCUGGGUUCAUGCCAUAUGCGCCGUCCGUGCUCCAGAACUUGAUGUCUCUAGUACAAGAGGUAGAGCUCUCGGAGAUCAAGAUGGGUCUUUUGGACACAGUCCGCACUGCGGUGGUAAAGAUGGAAGAUCAUAUUGCCCCCUUCUCCGAUCAAAUUCUCGCCUUGUUGCCUCCACUAUGGGAGGAAUCCGGCGAGGAGCAUUUGAUGAAGCAGGCCAUUCUUACUCUUCUUUCUUCUCUGAUACACUCUCUCAAACAAGAGUCCGCCAGAUAUCACUCGCUCAUUCUUCCUCUCAUCCAGAAUUCGGUCGAACCAGGCUCUGAAACCAUCGUGUAUCUUCUAGACGAGGCUUUGGAAUUAUGGUCUGCCAUUCUGAUGCAGACUCCCACUCCCGCGUCUCCUGAAAUACUCGGCCUUAUUCCUGCUCUUUUCCCUAUCCUCGAAGCGGCGACGGACAGUGCCCCUCAGGCACUCCAGAUCGCCGAGUCUUACAUCUUCCUCGCACCCCAGGAAAUACUGAGCGAUCGCAUUCGUCUUCCCCUGCUCGCCUCCUUUGAAGCCCUGUUGAAAUCUACCACCAAGCAGCGCCUUGGUAUCGUGCCACGUCUCGUGGAACUCAUGAUCCGCGGCGCCGAAGCCGUGGACGGCGGAAGCGAAAACACCUACAAUGUCAUAACCCGCUCGCUGCUCGACAGCUCUUUUCUACCCGCGCUCCUGGAGGGCCUCUACUCCGCCCACGAGGCCAGUCAAACCACCGGACCAAACCGGAAACAGAGCUCCGUCUACGGCGUAGUCGAAACAGAUUACCUCUCUGUCCUCGCUCGCCUGGCCCUGGCCCACCCCAAGAUCUUCGCCUCGGCCGUGUCAACCGCCACCGGGACGUCCGACGAGCAAGCCCUCACCUGGAUCCUAACCGAGUGGUUCUUCCACUACGACAACAUCGGCAGCACGAACCAAAAGAAGCUCCACGCGCUUGCCCUCACUCAGCUCCUCACCCUCAACGGGCCCGACUCCCAGCCCCCCGCCUACAUCCUCACCCAUCUCCAAUCCUACAUGAACAUCUGGACCGACAUCAUCACCGAACUCGCCGAGGGGGCCGAAGGCGACCCCAACGACCCGCGCAGCGGCGAUCAUCUGAUCUACUGGAACAACGCGGAGACAGGUACCUCCGAGGAGCACGAGGCGCCGGAGAACAUCCGUCGGCGCGAGUGGGAUAACGCCGACAUCCUGCACAAGAUCAACAUCCGCGACUUUGUUCGCGAGCGCCUCCGCUCCCUGAUCGUCGGAUGUGGUGGAGAACAACGGUUCCAGGAGGAAUGGCUGCUCAAUGUCGACCGGGAGGUGGUUGCUGCAUUUGGGGCUUUGGGUCUGUUUUGAUUGCACACUUACUGCCUUGUGUUUUACUUUCUGUUAUAAGUUUAUACCACAUCUCCUAUCUACACAUAUACUCUAUGCAUGUGCGGGGUUUUAUCCUAUUUUGUUGGCGG